AUGCUGCAACUCGAUGACUUCGUCUACGACACCGAUGCGCUACCUGACGGGCCCGAGUCCCCGCUCCUGUAUCAGCCGGGCGGCUAUCACCCAGUCACACUCGGCAAUGUCAUAUCCAGCCCGAAGACUCGCUAUCACGUCGUGCACAAGCUGGGCUGGGGAGGAUAUGCCACUGUGUGGCUCGUACAGGACCUCUCUUCGUACGCGUGGCUUGCUCUGCGAAUCAGGAUGGCGAAUGAUGGGAGCAAGGGCGAGGAUGAAGUGCUCCGGCGCAUCUCAUCUAUGCCUCACUCUCAACAUCUACCGGUGGUUCAUGAUAUGUUCACCAUCGAGGGCCCCAAUGGCAAGCAUAUCUGUAUGGCCACGGAUGUCGUCGUGCCUCUCAGCGAGUCUUUGCUGCGGGACUCAAGCAUACGGCAUAAUGCGAAAGUCAUCGUGAGCGGGAUAGUUGAAGCUGUGGCGCACAUUCACAAAGCUGGUAUCAUUCACGGAGACCUACAUAUGGGCAAUGUCGGACUCGCCGUUACGCUGCGUGGGGACGAUGCUCAUGCUGAUUACCCUCUGCGAUGCCCAUUGGAAUUUGAACCCGAGAUGACUGCCGUGGUCGCGUCGACUACAAAAGCCCUCGCGAUGUCUUCUCACCUUCCUUCCUACCUCGUCUCCCCUAUCAGCAUAGGCCGGGACUACGACCUUCUACAUGACGCCAAUGAACCGCACAUCGUUAAGCUGUUUGACUUCGGGAACGCUCAUCUGGAGAAGAAGCCACGCACAACGAAUGGUUUCCUAGCGGACAUAGCACCCCCUGAAUGGGCGAUAGCGCAAACUCCUGAACACAAACCAGACAUUACCCUGAGCACUGCUAGCGACAUAUGGGCUCUAGGCAUACUGAUCUUCGAGGUGAUGUCAGGAGGGGGAUCCAUCUUCUCUCGUUCAAGAGGUGUACUUCCUCAGAUUGCCGCGCUCGCGGGCUCCAUACCAACCUCGUGGAACGCCUUUCCCGCUGUGAAGUACGUCAACGUUCACGAAAUAAGCCCGGCCGACUCGAAUAGACGCUGGGAAGAACAUCGCGCAACUAUUCGCAAGACUGGGAUGUCCGAUGAAGACGCAGAUGCACUCAUUGCGUUACUGCGAAGGAUCUUGGUGUUGGAUCCUACGGCGAGACCGAACGCAGAGGAGAUCCUUCGUGACCCUUGGUUCUCUAUAGUCUCUCAGAACAACGAAAUGCUAGACGCAACACCACCAACGGUCCCAUACACGGGCGCAGUGCCCCAUCAUGUUCAUCUUAUUCACUCGAGAUCACAUUUCCCACAAGCCAAUCCCUACGGACCACCAAAUCCAUGCGCAUACCCGCCCCCCUAUGGCGCUUUCCCUGCGCACGUACAGCACUCGCAACCUCCUCUCGCUCAUACCCCAGUAUACGGAUACCCGUUCCAUUUUCACUCUGCAUCCUCUCCCGUCCCACCUUUACCUCCUCCAUUCCCUAUGGGUUCGGGCACUUGGUUCCCGCCCGGGUCACGGUAG